GUGACGUGUCUGCCAGCGUCCGGCUGUGGCGGCGGCGGUGGCGGCAGCGGCGGGUGGGAAAUGGCGGAGUAUUUGGCCUCCAUUUUCGGCACAGAAAAAGACAAAGUCAACUGUUCAUUUUACUUCAAAAUUGGAGCCUGUCGUCAUGGAGACAGAUGUUCAAGGUUGCAUAAUAAGCCAACCUUUAGCCAGACCAUCUUGAUUCAAAACAUCUAUCGUAACCCCCAAAACAGUGCACAGACGGCUGACGGCUCACACUGUGCAGUGAGUGAUGUCGAAAUGCAAGAGCACUAUGAUGAAUUCUUUGAGGAGGUUUUUACAGAAAUGGAAGAAAAAUAUGGUGAAGUUGAGGAGAUGAAUGUUUGUGAUAACCUUGGGGAUCAUCUUGUAGGAAAUGUCUAUGUAAAGUUUCGCCGUGAAGAAGAUGCAGAAAAGGCUGUCAUUGACUUAAACAAUCGCUGGUUUAAUGGACAGCCAAUUCAUGCAGAGCUUUCACCUGUGACUGAUUUCAGAGAAGCUUGCUGUCGCCAAUAUGAAAUGGGAGAAUGUACUCGAGGAGGCUUCUGUAACUUUAUGCAUCUGAAACCUAUCUCUAGGGAACUACGACGAGAGUUAUAUGGGCGUCGUCGUAAGAAGCAUAGGUCCCGAUCAAGAUCUCGUGAACGUCGUUCUCGAUCGAGAGAUCGUGGCCGUGGUGGUGGCGGCGGCGGCGGCGGUGGUGGCGGUGGCGGCGGUGGUGGUGGUGGAGGAGGAAGGGAACGUGAUAGGAGGCGGUCAAGAGAUCGUGAAAGAUCUGGUCGAUUCUGAGCCAUGCCAUUUUUACUGUAUGUCUGCUAGAAAGUCUUGUAGUUGAUUGACCAAACAGAGUUCAUAAUGAAAAUUUUUUUUCUAAAAAACAACAAAACAAAAAAAAAGAUGGGCUUCUGAAUAAAAUUUGUAGUGAUACAGUAUUCUUGGCGUAACUGUUUCUUGUGGGAAAUCUUAUUAAUUUUCAUUUCUUUACCUCGUCAAAUGCAUGACCUGGCAGUGCUUGAGGUGAAGGUAAUACAGAUUCCCUGCCCUUUAAAUGUUUGGGGAUAUAUAAAACCUGAUUUGUGAACUUUUAUAGAAAACUUAUUUGAAGAAACCAUAAACUGAGCAAGUAACUAACUAAACCAGCUUGAUGCAUAAAAAUAACUUUUAUAAUAUUUUCUUUCCUGCUAUGCCAGUGUCAGGUUAAUUUAAACAGACCUGGAGACAUCCUUUUUAUUUACUCUGUAGAAAUAUUUAGCUAGAAACUUGAUUUGUGACCAGAAAUCUCUGCACUGUAAACUAGCAUAUUUACAGUAAAGCCAAUUUUUUAGUAUAAAAUAAUUGUCUUAGUGUAUCUUUGAUGGAAAUUGAUAGUGUUGUCUGUAUAUAAUUAUAGGUUUUUUUAAAUGGUAUUUCAUGCAUAAUGCCCUCAAAUUAGAGUAGUGCCUAGAACAUCAGUAUUAAGAUCAUUCCAAUAUUGAUAGUAUCUCAUAACAGUUCCAUUAGGCCAUUCUGCCCCAAUUGGCAUUGCACUAGGGAAAUUAAAUCUUUUAAAUUAGAAUAAUAUAUCCUUAAGGGCUUCUCCAUCAAAAAUUACCUAAAAAUCCAAUUUAUUCAUAUUUAAUUUUCCUACUUUGUACAAGUAGUAUGAUAGUGGUGGUUUUACAUUUAAAUUUCUAUAAUUGCUAACUUCCAUUGAUUAAUAAUACUAUUUAAAUACUGGCAGCUGAAAGAAUUUUUUUCCCCAUUCUUUCUGUGCAUAGUGGAACUAAGAUUAAAGUUAAGAAUAAAAAAGUUUUUAAAGAAAGGAUCAAAGGCCAACUCAAUACACGUCUUAUGUGAUAGACUAGAAAAACAUUAGAGUUUCAACAAGUGUUUUCCAAGUCUACUUUAUUAUGAUUGUUCAUUAUGAUGUAGGGGAACCUUUAUUGUAUAUGUAUUUAAAAAUCAGCUUUUCACUGUAUAUGCAGUUCCCCUCUGUUCAAUUUAAUUUUCAAAAAAUGCACAUUGCUGUGUUGGAGAGAGCACCCUGCUUUUCAAAAGCCAGAAAUUCAAUAAAUCUUUAAAAAUAACAUUCUCAGCCUAUAUUUUUCAUGAAAGUAAUGUUUAUGAAAUACACUUGAUAAAAAAUAAUUCUUUUGAUUAAUGAAAUUAAUUCCAUUGAUGAUAACUCAGAUAUGAUGUGUAGAAAUUUGAUAUUGGGUCUUUUUGCUCCAAGAAUCACCAUACCAAUUAUAUGGGGAGGGGGGAACUUAAGAAAAUUAAUUUUUAGUUAGUAAACCAGUUAACUUAGUUUUGAUCAUUGUAUCUUCCCUCCAAAGUAAACAUGAAGUCAGUAAUUUGGUGCAUCAUAGAUUUCAGUGAAAACUUGUAAUCGCCAUUUAGACAAAAAAGGUAGGGAAAGUUUUACUUUGUAUUUCUUGAUUUUUUUCCUAUGAACCUAGUUUAUAAUUAAAGUCUUAAAGCUGCUCUAAGCAAUUUCAACUGAAAUUAAUGAAGAUUCAGUUUACAUAGCAAAACUGAGGAAACCUACUCACUUCAUACCUCCCCCUCUGUGCCCCUAAUACAGGACUGGAAUAAGGAAGAAGAGGAAAGUUUUGUUCCAAAGAUGACAUCACACUGUGUUGCUACUUCUGUUUGAGUAUGCUAUGAUCUCAACUGGUGAAUAACAGCUAAUAAACAUUAAACAAACUCAUGGAAUCAGCCUACUGGAAGUAAAGUAAUAACUUUACUUGGGUCCAUGAAAUUUUUCUUUUUGAUUGGAAUUUAUCCCAAGUGACUUCCUUUUUUGCUUUAGGUUAAAAUCCAAUUAUUUCUGUAAAAUGUUGCUUGUCCAUGCAUAUUAUAUGAUGUAUGUUUAAAAGAUUGUAAAACCAAAUGGAGAAAAGUUGUUGAAAAUAAAGGUUUUUUUAAAUAAGGAA